UUAUAUGUGACUCUGAGAUUUCAACAGUUCAAGAAUUUACAUUUGGCUAUAAGCGAAAAACAUUGAUCAGAAGUUUGUGUUUUCAAAAUUACAUCAUAAUAUCAGAUUUCAGUUGGAAAAUAUUUUAAUUGUCGUUAUGAGAUUUCUAAUGUUCAAUGAUAAAUUAUUUCUUCUCACAGUUUUGAUAAUCGGACUGAUUUGGAUAAAAGUAAAUGCUCAAGAAGAUGACGAUUCAGAGGAUAAAGUGAAUACUUCGGUGCCUGAUAAACAAGAUGUAUCACUGCCAUCACCUUCAACUGUCACAGCUCCUGGUAAAUCGACUUCCAAGCGUAAAACGAAAACUGCUCGACUUUUAGAAAAUUUGGAUUCUUUUAGGGAUCGAUUAGGAAAAGGCAAAGAUAUAGUUACAGGUAUCGUUGAAUCUUUCAUGGGACGUGGAGAUGAAGUUGAUGAGGAAAAGUUGGAAGAAGCUUUAGCCAAAUAUGAUGAGAUUGUUGAAGACCUUGAGGCUGAUUUCACAAAAGCCAAAAUAAAUAUUGGACUUCGCUUGGAGGGCAAUUUGCGUCAAGUGAAUGAAACGAUUGACCAACUAAUUGAACAAUUGAGAGAUGUUAAUCCUGAUUUUGUUGAUUGGGCUCGAACUAAAAGAGUAAAUUUAACUAAAAGUUUGAGAGGAAGAAUACUUCGCUUUAACGAUUUACUUGGAUCAGGUGUUGAAAGGCUCCUUGAGAUAUCUGAAAUGGGUAAAAACACGGUAAGAAAAUUGCACAAAAGAAGGUACCAAAAACGAGAAAAGUUGAGCCGCAUUUUACUGGGAACUCGUAAAAAUGAUUCCAACAAAAAUGAUGUAAGGUAAUUAUUUAUUUACAAUUAUUUAGAUGCGACAUGCUGUACGAUUCAACUCCCUAUGUGAUUUAUACCAAACUUGUUAACUUAUAAAAAAAGAUAAUAUACAACUUUGUAAACAAAACUAAAUAUUGUAACUUAUUAAUUUUACUUGCAUUUACUUUUGACCACCUAACCACCAAAUUUAAAAAUAAAUGCAAAUCCAAUAUUUCAUGUUGA